GCUCCCCUCCCUCCUGUAGCUUUUGCUUUCGCUAACUUGAAGUCGCAGAUCCUGUGAGGGCCGAGGCCGGAGUUUUCCGGUCUGCAGCCGGAGGGCCCAGCGGGAGCGCGGCGCGGAGGCCGAGGACAGGGGCGGCGGGACUGUCAGCUCGGUCUGCCAUCAGCAGCGUCUGCACUUCCCAAGAGCAGCAGAAAAUGAGCCGAUCGAGGGGCCCACUGUCCUUCGGGGACGUGGCUGUGGCCUUCACCCAAGAGGAGUGGCAGCGGCUGGGCUCUGAGGAGAAGACGACGUACAGGGACGUGAUGCUGGAGACCUACAGCAACCUCGUCUCCGUGGGGUAUGAUGUCACCAAGCCAAACGUGAUUAUUAAGUUGGAGCAGGGAGAAGAACCGUGGAUGCUGGAAGGCGACUGCCAUGUGCAGAGUCACGUGGAAAUCAGUAAAGUUGAUGACACCAUAGAGAAAAUCCAAGAAAGCGAAGGCAAAUGUAUGAGGCGAACUGAGGAUCUCAGCAGCCGAAGAGCAGAGAAGGGGGACGCGAUUGAUAAAACGGAUCGCCUGGAACUGCGCCUCGUUUCUUCAAGCACAGGGGCUCCCCGUUGUGUGUCUUGUGGGCAGACCCUGGAACCCGUGGCAGCGCUGAUUAGUAGUGAUGGACGGUAUGCAUCGGAGAAGCCCGACAAGUGUGGUGACUGUGGGACAGCAUGCAGAGAGAAAGCGGGCGACUCUAAUCAAAAUGGAGAUACUUCUGCUCGACAUGAUGAAAGCAUUCUGCAGAAAAUCACCAUUGUGGAGAAGCCCUUUGAUUAUGAGUGCAUGGAAGCCUUAGACAGCGAAGCUGUUUUCAUGGCUCACGAGAGAGCUUACAUGGGGGAGAAACCCUAUGAAUGGGAUGAUGAUUCUGGACCAGACUUCAUCCAGAUGUCAGAUUUCAGUGCAUAUCAGAGAUCACAACUGGAAAUGAAGCCCUUUGAAUGUACACAGUGUGGGAAGUCCUUCUGUAAAAAGUCCAAAUUCAUCAUACAUCAGAGAGCUCACACAGGAGAGAAACCGUAUGCGUGUAAUGUGUGUGGAAAGUCCUUCAGUCAGAAGGGGACCCUCACUGUCCAUCGGAGGUCACACUUAGAGGAGAAACCCUAUAAGUGUACUGAAUGCGGGAAAACCUUCUGUCAGAAGUUACAUCUCACACAGCAUCUGAGAACUCACUCAGGAGAGAAGCCCUAUGAGUGCAGUGAAUGUGGGAAGACCUUCUGCCAAAAGACGCACCUCACUCUCCACCAGAGGAACCAUUCCGGGGAGAGGCCCUAUCCGUGCAACGAGUGUGGGAAAUCCUUCUCCCGGAAGUCUGCCCUCAAUGACCAUCAGAGAACACACACCGGAGAGAAGCUGUAUAAGUGUAACGAGUGUGGGAAAUCCUACUACCGAAAGUCCACUCUCAUUACACACCAGCGAACGCACACAGGGGAGAAGCCGUACCAGUGUAGCGAGUGCGGGAAGUUCUUCUCCCGGGUGUCGUACCUCACCAUCCAUUACAGGAGCCAUUUAGAAGAGAAGCCGUACGAGUGUGCGGAGUGCGGGAAGACCUUCAAUCUGAACUCAGCCUUCAUUCGCCAUCGGAAGGUGCAUUCGGAGGACAGAGUCCUUGAGUGUAGUGAAUGCGGGAAGUUCUCCCAACUGCAGUGUCUCCCUGAUCGCACGAAUGACUUAGGACAGAAACACUAUGAAUGCAGUGAGUGUGGGAAGACCGUCCUUGAAAGCUCCGCCUUCAGUGGGCCCCAGUCUGUUCCAGAAGCGGAGAAGACGUACGACUGUAAUAUAUGUGGGAAGUCGUUCUCUGAUUUGUCAUGCUACACUGUACAUUACAGAGGUCAUUCUGAAGAGAAGCCCUUCGGGUGCAGUGAGUGUGGGAAAACCUUCUCUCAUAAUUCAUCCCUCUUUAGACAUCAGAGAGUGCACACAGGUGAAAAGCCGUAUGAAUGUUGUGAGUGCGGGAAGUUCUUCUCGCAGAAGUCCUACCUCACCAUCCACCACCGCAUCCACUCGGGGGAGAAGCCCUACGAGUGCAGCGAGUGCGGGAAGACCUUCUCCCGGAUGUCCAAUCUCACCGUGCACUACAGAAGCCACUCGGGAGAGAAGCCCUACGAGUGUAACGAGUGUGGGAAGGUCUUCUCUCAGAAGUCCUACCUCACUGUCCACUACCGGACUCAUUCGGGAGAGAAGCCUUAUGAAUGUAAUGAAUGUGGGAAGAAGUUCCACCACAGAUCAGCCUUCAAUAGCCAUCAGAGAAUUCAUAAAAGGGGGAUAUAAGUGCACUCGGUGUGGAAAAUCUCUGACAUCUCAAUUUAAAACAGACAUUUGGUUAUAAUGAACAUUGGAAGUUUAAUGGGGAGUCAAGUAUGGAUUUUCCCCCUAAUUUUUAUAUUUGUGGUGCUGGGAUUGAAUACAGGGCCUUUUGCAUGCUAUAGAUGCUCUAAAUCGAGCUGCACCCCAAUGAUUCAAGAGUAGAGCAUCCAUGCUCCAUGUGAGAAGCCCUAAAACAAAGUCCAUCUUAACCUGAAUUUUCAGAAAAGAAUCUGUAGAAAUUCAGCAAGAAACAAACCAUGACCAUAUCACUAAUGGGACACUAGAUAAUAUUUACAGGAGUGAAACUUUCAAAGUAUUUAAUAUUUAUUUCUGAUUUAAAUUGUAUUUACAAAUCAGGGAAUCUUGCUAAGAAACAUCAGUAAGGUGAUGUAACACACUUUGGAAACUUAUUAAAAGCCAUAUUUGUGAUAUAAAAACAGGUGUUUAUAGAAAAUAUGCAAGAAGUUAUCUGUUCUGAAUAAACUUAUAAAAAGGAAGUUAUAGCGGGGCAGUGGUGGCGCAUGCCUUUAAUCCCAGCACUCGGGAGGCAGAGGCAGGCAGAUCUCUGUGAGUUCGAGACCAGCCUGGUCUACAAGAGCUAGUUCCAGGACAGGCUCCAAAACCACAGAGAAACCCUGUCUCAAAAAAACCAAAAAAAAAAAAAAAAAAAAAGGAAGUUAUAAAGUUGGGAGUUGAUCCUAAGGCUGACCAAAUAUGUGGCAUCUCUGAUGUUUUAGAAAUGCAAAUUAAUAGUAAUUCUAUGCAAUCUUUCGCAACCAUGGCUGUGAAUAAUUUUGAAAACAUGAUAUUGAGCCUUAGAAUGGCAAGUGUUACAAUGGGAUUUAUUGGUGAAAUUGUUAUAUAAUGGGAAAGCACAUGAUUUUUUUGUGAAUGCUUACCAGUAGACUGGUUUUGUUAAAAAUUUUCAACUGGAAUUGAGCAAUUUUUUAAAAAUACUAUUUUGAUAAACUUUUCUGUCUUAGUGUUGUAUUGCUAUGAAGAGACACCAUGAUCAUAGCAAAUCUUUUAAUUUUUUAUUAAUUAAAUAUUUAUCUUACAUCCAAACCCUCCCUU